UAUGACCAGACAUAGGUUUCGCUGGUCUCUACUCCAUCAAGAGAUUCUAGGAGUCAAAUUUCACGAAGAAGCUGGAUCCUCGUAGAACACCAGCAUCCUAGACGACAGUUUUCUCCGGCAAGCAGGCAGACAUCGGGAUCCCCUUCCCAGGGUUUUCCUCCUCACAGCAACCUCGAAAUUCCAGAAGAAGAAGAAGACGACGACGACGACGACGACGAUGCUGCAACCGCUCCUGGCGACGUACAAGAACGUCGCCCUCUACGCCUCCCUCGCCCUCUCCCUCUCCCUCCUCCUCUCCUUCCUCCGCCUCCCCGUCCUCCUCCUCCGCGGCCUCUUCACCUACAUCCAGCCCGAGAACCUCGGCGGCGGCGGCGGCGGCGCCUCCUCCCCCUCCGGCCUCCGCGCCGCCAUCCGGAGGCCCGGCUCCGAUCCCGCCCCCUCCGCCGGCGGCCUCAAUGGGUUCCAGACCCUGUCCUCCUCCACCAGUGCCGAGCUCAGGAAGCGGGGCAGAUCCAAGGAAAAGUUCGAGUUCGACGAGAACAACGCCCAGAUCUUCCGGCUCAAGCUCGACGAGGCCCACCUCGAGUCCAGGAUCUAUUUCCGUGAGUACGGCGGCGUCUUCGCCUUGUCCCUCGUCGGCGCUUCCUGCGCCGCGCUUAAUCUAUACUUGGACGGCGGCCGGGGUGGCGGGGAUGGGGUCUUGGCGGACGGGUCUCUGAUUCCGGUCCUGUUCGGAUUCGUUGCGGUGUCCAAGUGGUUCUUGGCGCUGGCCAAGGUUUCCUUCGAGCGGUCGGCCUCGAGGAGGUCAGAGAAGCAGCUCAGCUUGUGCUUCGGGGUCCUGGGGUUUAUCGCGGGGCUCUUGAUUUGUUCGUCGCUUGCUCGGUCAAGUCUGGAUUUUGAUCUCGGCGCGGUUGAUGGGUUCUGCGCGAUUCUAAUCGCGGGCUCGAUGGGUUGCCUUGCCGGUUAUCUUUAUAUGCCCGCCGCGAAGAGUGCCCGGGCGUUUUGGCUCGGAACUGAUCAGAUUCGAUCCAACUUGUCCAUAAUAUCUUGCGGAUGGUUUGCGAGGAUGGUGCUCUUUGCGACCUAUCUGUUGAGUAUUUUCACGGCAUUGCUUUGGAUCAAUCCAUUAUCUAAAAUGCUUAUUAAUGAAAGACUCGGCGAUGGUAAGGUGGGGAGUUUGUCUGGUGAUGGUGGAGAUGCGGACAGAUUACUUGGAAAUGUGGGGAUGUCGAGAUCGGAUUUUACCAAGUUUAGGCUUUGGUGCUUGCUGAUAUCGAGUGUCUUGCAAAUCGCGGCAUUUCGUUCGGUCUUUCAAAUGUAUCUGAACGAAGCCGUACUGUCGUGGUACCAGAGGUUGCACUCUAGCAGAGUUCCAGAUUUAGAUUUUAGCAGGGCCAAGGUUUUUCUCCACAAUCACUACCUAUGCCUGACUAUCUUGCAGUUCCUGGCCCCCCCGAGCUUGGCACUUCUCUUUCUUGGCUUAUCUCAGAUCGAAGGUAACCCCUUUGGAAAGUUAAAUUUGCAAUGUGGCCAGCUACCUUGCUCGGCUGUUCUCAAGCAGGUGGCUCUGCUCAUGGCUUGGUGGGUGGUCUUUGUUUGGACCGUGUUCACUUCUGUAACCUUGGUGCUAUACCGUCGCGGUUUUUUGUAUGUUUCCUGAGGACUCUUUCCACUUUCCUGAUGACUCAUUCCUCAGUAGGAAGGGCUACGCACACCAGCCCCGGUUGAGGCCUUUAUCUUUUGGCCUUAGGGUGACAAUUUUGACUAAUUUUGAGUGGAGUGUCGCGCUUGUGAGACCCUUUGAAAUGUUGAUUUGAUAGCUUCAAUACAUGGGACCACCCCAGCUCAUUUCAUUGCUGGAUAGACUAUAUAAUGACCUUUGUUGGCCACUGACUGACAACUGCUGGAGCUCUUGCAAGUUCUCUAUUAGUUUGUUGCUGCUGGAGCCGGUAACUUCUGCAUUGUCUGUUUCAUGUUCAGUUCCAUGCUUCUGUCAGUUCGUUUUGAUUCUCUAUCGUAUGAAUCUAUAAUUCAAACUGCUUCAUGCCAUAUGGUUGCUACCUCACUGGUCUGGCUGUUCAAUGCCUAUCUAAGGGCCUGCCUAGUGGGUACCUGAUAUGGACUCAGCGACUGCUUCAUGUCAUGCGUGGUGUUUGAUGCUAGUAUUGGCCCUCAGAGGCAAAGUAUAGUGAAUUAAAGAACCCAAUUAGUGGAGUCACUUAA